CAGAAUGGCGGCCGCAACAAGCACGGACGAGGCCACGUCCCCUUUGUUCGCUGCAGCAACUGCGCUCGCGCUGUGCCCAAGGACAAGGCCAUCAAGAGGUUCACUGUCCGCAACAUCGUAGAGUCGGCUGCCGUCCGUGACAUUUCCGACGCUUCGGUGUACCAGGAGUACGCGCUGCCCAAGCUGUACAUCAAGCUGGUUUACUGCGUCUCGUGCGCGAUCCACGCCCACGUUGUCCGUGUCCGCUCGCGCGAGGGCCGCCGCAACCGUGCUCCCCCCGUCCGCGUCCGCUACAACAAGGACGGCAAGAAGAUCAACCCUGCCGUUGCCUCUGUCCAGAACGCUGGCGUCGGUCCCCAGGCCGGUGGCGCGCCCGCACCUACCGCCCGCGUCUAA